AACACGUAAACAUUUUCUUACUUGUUCGACAUCAUAGGGUCCGGUGUAAUUGUUGUUAUUGUUAUUAUAAUGUGUAAUAUUGUACAACACGCAGUCGUCGGUGUUAUCGAUACAUCGGCAUGAAAGGCGUAAACAAAACCUUAUGGUAAACGUAAAAAAGCUAUGUAAACGACAUGUAGGUAGUGCACAAUAAUAGAUAGUUUGUACCUAUACCUCUUUGAAGUCAUAUGGGUAUGUCAUAUUAAAUUGUAUUUUAUGCAUAUAAUAUUGUGCUCGAGAACUUUAUAUUAUGUUGAGAUGACGUUCAACUUCGAUCAUCAGGCCGUGAAUUUGCAGUACUGCAACUUAGCAGUGGACGUUGCACAGUUUUCUACUAAGAGUCUAGAAGAUUACAGUAUCGUUAGUAGAAGGCAAUUGGAUAGAAUCGUUAGUAAUUCCGAAAGACGCUUGACAGAAUACGAACAUCGUUGGUUAAUUAAACGGGACUGUAAAAGGGUGAUUUCAGAUAUAAACAAGCAUGCGCGCAGGAAAAAAUCGAACCGCGUCCGAGGAAUAUCGUCGAUUGCCGAUCAGCGUGUACUGCAGCAAGACGACAAAGACGAGUUUCGCUGCGAAAUCGCGGGGGCUGUGGAUGGAGUCUUGGAUAUCUGCCGCGAUUCGUCGUCCGAUGCAAGAAUCGGAGCUGUCGUCAACAAUUUCACCGUCAUUAACGUACGACAGUUGAAUGUCAACAUCGUAAACAAUCACGUCAAUUACUAUAAAAACGACGAUCGUGGAGUUGAACCGGCCACGAUAUUCGAGUACAACUCUGACGACGACAAACCCGAUCGUACGUCUACGGGUCGCAGCCGUCGAGACAAGGCGGCGGCGGCGGGUGACAAAAGCGGACCGGAAGCUUCGGCGCCGCGUCUGCUGCAGAGGAUUUACUGGGACAGGUGGCGGGACGUCGCAGCAAAGUCGAAAGCGUCCAGCGGCCGGGCUGCAGGGACGGACGAUAAAGUCGACAGGUUUUUGUCGAAAAUCCAAGAGAAAUUGGACAUCGACGACAAUGGACGGCGGAAAAACAAGUCGCCCGGUAACAAUAGUAACGGGCAGUCGUGGAACCGCGCGGUGCCGAAGAAGCGGACCGUCAGCAGUGGCGAUCGUCAGCAGGCGAAAAUCGACGAACAGAAAAAAUUGCUCGACAAGCAACGGAAAGAAAUCGAAAGCCUGAGGUUGCAACAACUGAAAUUGGAAUCUGAGAAGGCGUUGCUCGAGAACCAGAGGAUAUUGCAAAACCUGCACGCCGGCGGGUCUGAGAGGAGGUUGAAACCCAAAAACGCGCCGGCAGUGCAACAGCUGCAGGGCACCGCCACGGCGGCGAGUCCGUCCGACAUACUGAACCGGAUGGAAUUGCGGGCACUGGAACGCCGUGCCAAAUGGGAGGCGAUCAAAGAGCGGCGCCGGAAGGCGGAACAGGAAGAGUUUCGAAAAAAACUCGAGCUGGAGGAGAAGUGCACCAGGGAACGGAUGGAGCAGAAACGCGAGCGGUUGCUUGUGGCCAGGGAAAACCUGAGACUGAGGGCGAUCGAGGAGAGCAGGCGAAAGGCGGAAAGAGAAGCGCAGAGGGAAAACGUUCGGAUCGCAGACGAUUUGUACCGUAAACUGUUGAUGAGGAGAGGACUCGAAGCGUUCAGUGCGAAUUUAAACUGUGCCAGAUGGCGGGCGGAAGAGGCUUCGGAUCACUAUGACAGACGACUGGUCGGAACUUGCUUCAGCAAAUGGCGGUUUUACGUCAACAACAGUCUGAACGAGAAAAUUCUUUUGGCAGAACAGUUUUACAAGCGGAAAUUGUUGAAAACCACAUUUCUCGGGUUUUACGAGAUUUUAGAAGAAAGUAAAAGGAAACAACAAGUAGCCGAGGAUUGGCGAAAUUUAAAGAUGGAAGAAUAUUGGUUUAAAAUAUGGCUUGAUUAUGUUAGAGAAAUUAGAGUUCAGACACAAAAAAAAAUGUUGAAAGCAGAAUCUUAUCACAACAAGAUAAUAAUGAAGUGCUGUUUUGAAAAUUGGAGAAAAUUUCCAGAAAUAAUGUACAAGGAAAGGCUCAAAGACUGUCGACUACGUUUGUGGCAUGAAAAGGUUCAAGAAAUUUUACCAGACUUUAUUCCUCCAGCAUUUGAAUUAUAAUUUAUAACAGAUUUAUCAAAUUGUAUAAAUUUAUAAAUGAAUGACAUACAUUUUUUUGUGCCUAACAAUUAAUA